ACUGUAACCAUGACCAUGGGAAAGAUCAUCUUCUACGAGGACAGGAACUUCCAGGGUCGUUCCUAUGAGACCAGCAGCGACUGUGCUGAGCUGACCUCCUACCUGAGCAGGUGCCACUCCUGCAGGGUGGAGAGCGGCUGCUUCAUGGUCUACGACCGCACUAACUACAUGGGAAACCAGUACUUCGUGAGGAGGGGAGAGUACUCCGACUACCAGCGUAUGGGCAUGAGUGAUUGCAUCAGGUCUUGCCGCACAAUCCCCAUGCACAGAGGCCAGUUCAGGAUGAGGAUCUACGAGAGGGAGAACUUCGGUGGUCAGAUGCACGAGCUGCAGGAUGACUGUGACAACAUGAUGGACCGUUACCGUAUGAACGACUGCAUGUCCUGUAACGUGAUGGACGGCCACUGGCUGAUGUACGAGCAGCCCAACUACAGAGGCAGGAUGAUGUACCUGAGGCCCGGAGAGUACAGGAGCUUCAGGGACAUGGGCAUGAGCGGCACUAAGUUCAUGAGCAUGAGGCGUAUCAUGGAUUCCUGUUAUUAG